GGGGAAGCAAACUCCGACACUAGUUCUUCUAAUAACCAGCUGGAAUGGAAAGAGUUCAAGGAGAAGAGGAGCCAAACAUUGUUGCUGUCUCAGAUGAAACUGUGGAGUGGCCCUUGUGAUGAUCCUGUAUUAGUGUAAAUAGGUUCUAAAGAGUAACACGAAACACACCCUAACUCUUCAAGAAUUUAAAUUUGCUCCCAGCUUCAUGGUACUUGGUGCAAAAGAGGAAACUCCAACAAGUUACAGUGCUCAAAAGUGCCGCCAAUUUCAUAACAUUGUUUUAGAGCGUGUUCAUGAUCAUCAUCAAGUUGCAGAAUUGGUUGGCAACUAGACAGUGAACAGCAUUUGGCGAUAAGGGGGAAAGCAAGUACUCUGCAACCUGUGUCUCUCCCAUUCCGGUGUGCCAUGAGUUCAGCCAAUGCAAAACGUGAUGGAACCAAGUGCCGGAAAAACAAGAGGGACACUGGUCUCAUCCCAGCAAGACCUCAUAGUGAUUUAGGCAAGAUGGUGGUGGGAGCUGCUUCUGAACCCAGAAUCCUCCCCCCCUUCUUGCUGUCCACUUCCUCCAUGGCUUUGCCUUUACAUGCUGCAACUGCUGGCUCCUCUCCUAAUGCAGGGCCCAGUUUUCUGGAACCAACUGCUCCUUUGAGUGAUAGGAAAGAAACUGAGCAGGAAGCCAUUCAGAGAGUGCAUUGUGGAGAUAAGACUCAUUCUAUGCAAACUCGGAGGCAAAGUAGAAUGGCAGCUUCAGCUGCAGAAGUAGACCCAGUCGGUCUUGAUGAUGGAAGUGUUGACAAGGAAAUCAUUGACCUUACCUGUGAAUCUUCAGAACCUGUAGUCAUUGAUCUUACACAUAAUGAUUCUGUUGUGUUUGUUGGGAAUGGACAGUGGCAAAAUCAAGAGUUAAGAAGCCAACCAUUGUCUGACAGCUGUAUAUUAAGUAGUGGUGGUGAUGGCAGCAGACAUACAGAGAGUGAGGUGCUUGUCGCCAGUAAGCUGCCCAGAGAAUUGGGAGAGGAAGGAUUUGCAAGCUCAAGGUCCUUGGGCAUUGUGAGUUGUCCAAUUUGCAUGGAGAGCUAUGCAGAGAUUGUCCAUGGUGGGCGGCUCAUAGUAUCAACAAAAUGUGGCCGCAUUUUCUGUAGUCAAUGCCUCCGUGACUCUCUUAGGCAUGCUAGCUCCUGCCCAACUUGUAGGAAAAAACUCAGUCAAAAACAGUAUCAUCCAAUUUAUAUAUGAAGACAUGGAUGCUCCUGAGAACAAUCUAAGGUGGGAUUUCAUGGGUCCUGCAGCUUGUUCUUUAACAAACAUCCCUGAUAUUUCCCACUAUUUUGUAAAGAUGCCUCUUUUCAGUUCUUACAGUUCGGUUACUGCAUUGAGGAAAGGCUGGUAUAGAGUGAACUUCUCUUCAGGCCGUUAUACCCGUGAUGAUGCAACCAGAGGCAACAAGCUGUUGGAGAAACUGCAGCUUUCUGUGUGCAUUUUACCUUGUAAAAACCUAAACCGAACCACUCACCGAUGAAAGUCUGUUCCAUCUACUUGUUAUGUAGUGGGAAAUACCCCUUUGUGUUGAUGUAGCCCACAUAAAAAUGCCUGAUCUCACAAAUAGGCCACAAUGUAUAAAAUACUACAGUUCAUAUUAACUUCACAUGCAUAAAUGUUUUAUAGCAAUUGACUUUUGCAAUAAAAGCUCCUCUCUUUAAUACAUAAUUAAAAUUCCCUACAACCAUAAUGCUGUGAAUACCUUUUCCUAUCCAGACAUGUGUUUUAUAGGGGAAGGCCUGCUUCAUACAUGGAAUCAAAUACAUACAGACUCCACAAGCUAAGCCAUGUGUGUGAAGCACAUCCUCAAAUCGAUAUGGGUAUAUUUCCCAGAAAACGUAAAAAUUGGACCUCCUGUUAUAAAGGUGAACGAGUUGUAGUGACAGACUUUUCUCAGCCCUGUUAAGUAUUUAUAGCAGAGUUAUGAAUAACUGAGAUGUUAAAACUUGUUAAGGCAAUUAGGCUUAUUGGAACAGCAGCUAAAAUUUUAAGUUGCUAACCCUUAACUGAUAGGGCUGCUCUUAAAUGUAUGUAAUCCAGUCUUCAGUUGGUAGAAAACACAGGGUAUCUAGAUAAUUGGAUGCCUAUAAGGUAUCUGGGCUGCUGUGAGUCUCAUAAUAUAUUGAAACUUGACCCAUUACUGCUUGGGGUGUGUUCACAGGGCCAUGGUUAUGCCUCUAAUUCAGCACUGUAUUGAGGAUAUGAAAAAAUGGGAAUCCAAGCCCUGUAUCCAAGCUGCACACCCAAUGCUAGUCCUGCACACAACCUUUCAGCCAUGUGGAAUGGUAAGGACAGCCAUGGAUGGAAUGGUCUCCUUGAACAUGGGCUGUGGAGAUGAAAUACUCUGUGCAAAUUCAUCUGAUGCUACCAAAAUCUAUAUUCAUCCUCCAGCUUUUGGAAGGCGGUUAAGUAGACUACUAAGUGGAAUAUUUUAACAUUCAUUCAUUGCUAGAAUCACAGCUUCUGUUCUGCUUGCUGUUCACUCUUAGUGAAGAACAAACUACACUUUGUGUCGUGUAUACCGCAUACUACCUAUGGAAAGAGUUACAGAAUAUAUCUUUUGAUACCUCUUAUUUGGGUUAUAAUGAGAGAAACUGAAUUUCUUUACAGCAUCCUAAAUGUGCACAAAACUGUGGGGAUGCAGCAAUUGCUACUGUUGCCCUAUGCUGUAUGAAAUCUAUCUCAAAAGAGCCCAGUACUUCACUAAUCAAGUCUUCAGAAGCUUUAGCAAAAUUAGGUGUUAUGGUCAGAGCACAGCCUCUUGAAUCUUUGCAGUGAAAGGCAAACCAGUUUUAGGGGUGGGGGAAUUGUCUAGUGGCAACUGAAAAGCUAUACCAAAGUUAGAGAAAUAGAAACAGUAACAAAAAUGGCAUCUGCUUAAUGUUUAAGGCUGGCUGUACUUUGCUCUGGGUAGCAUUUGCCAUGUGACACCACAACAAGGAUAUGGUAAUAUUUAGCCAGUAUGUCAGACUUCAUAAUUGCCCUAUUAAUAUGGAUCAUUGCAUACUCUUGUUUAAAAAGAGACUGAACACCUUCCCCAUGGCACUGCAUUAUUACUUUCUUAGUAUAUAAAUAAAACUGUAUGGUAGCUUUAUGCUAAUAAAACAUAGAAUGGUCAACAGAAUUCUGUGCUAGUUUUUGUGAGCUCUGCCACUUCUCAGGGACAAUUGGUGCCACAGACUUCUGAAUAGAAUGUACCUGCAUUUAAAAGGGGGGGGGAGAAACCAUCUGACAUUUUAUCAGGGCAAAUAUUGGCUUAACCAGUAAUGAGGAAGUAGGUUUUAUAAAGGACUAUCUGACCUUUUAUUUCUGUUUUUAUUCAUUAAUGUAUAUAUAAUUCAUGUUUGGGGAUUUUCCUCUGUAUUUGUACUGGAAUAUUUGGUAGGCAAUGACAUUUUUUGCUUCAGAUGAGAAAGGUCAAAUAAUUUAGUAUUUCUAUUAAGAAAAGGUCAAAUAAUUUAUCUCCUCCUAAACAUGGGAUUGGUGGUAUUUUUUCGUGCAUGCAGAUAUAUAUGUGCAGGCGAUCCCUCUUAGCAUUGUAUAAGAGGAUUGUUAUCAGUGCAAUACAGGACCAAAAUUGUUCGGUUAACCAUUGUAAAAGUUUAUUAUGUAAGUAUGGAUGGUUGUUUUAAGAAAAAAGUUUGUUUGAAACAAUUUUAAGAAAAUUGUGUUUAAUUGUUUAAAAAAACAUGUAAAUACAUGCCUAUACAGUGCAUAGUUAUGAAAUGACAUUUGUCCCCACUGUUUUAAUAUAUUAUAGCCCCUGAUGAAGGCCUGUGAUUACAGGCUGAAACGCGUUGGGCUUCUUUGAAAAAUAUUCUGCAAUAAAACCAGUUUGGGCUUUUUUGAAAAAAAUCUCGCAAUAAA